AUGGACGGAGAUGGCUUCGACACGUGGGGCUCGCAGCCGUCGGCGAGCGGCCCUAGCCACGCUCCCGCUGGCUUCGCAGCUCUCGACCUCAACUCGCAAGCGCCGGCGGCGGAGGUGUUCCCGGGGCUUGGACUCUAUGGAGCCGUCCUCCAGGGCAACAUCGACGAGCUCCUCCCUGGCUGCGUCAGGGGCUCUGGCCUCCCUCCCUAUCGCCCACCGCGAGCCGGAGCAGGAGAUGCGUGGGCGACUCCGACCUCACCCUACGCCCGACAACUCCACUUUGGCGGGUCGGCGGCGGCGGCAGCCGGUCGCGGAGGAGGAAACGGUGGCGUAUUCCCUGGCGGGUCAUCGUCGGGGGCAGGCAGCGUUCGUCAGCGAGUGAAAUCGUCCGGCGCAGUACCCGGCCGGCAGCGCACCAACACGGCGUUACGUGGCGGCGGCGGCCAGCGCACGAACACGGCGAUCCGUGGCGGCAGCGGCCGGCGCGUACCGCGUCCCCGAGCACCGAGGGCAUCGAGGAGUGCCGUCCGUGGGCAAGCAUCCGGUUCCGGCGCUCCCUUCGACAUCGAUGAAGAAUUGGAGGAUGAUGUGGAGGAGUUAGCGAGCUCCGGUGGUCCCCCGGUGAGCCAUGCCAAUCGAGCCCAAUGGAAUGAUGCAAAUAAUUCUUGCUUGUUAGAAUUGUGCAUAGAACAACGUAGAGCAGGAACGUAUAAUGGUGCACAAAUGAGUGGUGAAGGGUACGAAGCCGUUGUCGACGGCUUACUUGCUCGAAGGGGGUUGCUGUAUACACGUCUACAGGUGAAGAACCAAAUAGGCGUACUCAAGAACACCCACUCAUUCUGGCGCUACUUGCAAACGCACACAGGGUUGGGGAGGAAACCAAAUGGAACAAUUGAUGCAGAGUCUGAGUUUUGGACAACACACACAGAGAAAAAACAAUACCUAAAGACGCUGCAGUGGGGUCCUCCAGGAAACGAGGAGUUGCUUGAUGAACUAUUCAGAGGGUUCACUGUCGAUGGAAGCACAACCUUUGUGCCUGGAGAUGAUUAUGGUCAGAAUCAGGAGCAAGAUGUAGGGGCAGAAGAGGAAGAGGAGGAGUUUCAAACAACACCUACAAGUAGAAGCAGCCAGAGGAGUCAGAGGGGAAAGAGGUCAUUAAGCAGCAAUUCAAGCACUUUGACCAGUCCAGUGAAGAAGAGCAAGAGCCCAAUGGUGAAGAUUGUGAAGGACAUAGCCAGUACCUUCAAAGACUCUGUCAAAGUCAACACUACUCAAAUACAGAAACGUGCAAGUGACAAGGCAGCAUGUUCUGUCGAGAGGUGUCAGGAGCUGGCAUUUGAGUGUGGCAUUGAGGAAACCGUUGACUCUGUCUAUGCUAUGUCUAAGAUGUUCGAAACAGAUUUUAGGCUAUGUGUUGACAAUUUGUUACAUGUGUUGAAGCAGGAAGAAGAUCAGGGCCCCAUGAUUGAGGAAGAAGAAGAUGAUGGAGGCAACACAAGUGAGGAUGAGAUUAUAUCCAUGUGCUGCAAUAAUUUGGUGGAGGCCCAGAAUUUGAUCUUGCAGUUGGUUCCUAUCUUGGGUAUGUACUCUGAUAACUACUUUGUCAAACUACCUAGGAGGGUCACUGGAGACUCUGGUUUGGAUUGGAUGCAGGAGAUACUAGCUUGA